GUCUCCCUGAGAAGGCUGCCAUGGAUCCAGUCCUAGUCCUGGUGCUCACUCUCUCCUCUCUGCUUCUCCUCUCACUCUGGAGACAGAGCUUUGGGAGAGGGAAGCUCCCUCCUGGUCCAACACCUCUCCCAAUCAUUGGAAACACCCUUCAGAUAUAUAUGAAGGACAUCGGCCAAUCAAUAAAAAAGUUUUCAAAAGUCUACGGCCCUAUAUUUACUCUGUAUUUGGGCAUGAAGCCCUUUGUGGUGUUGCAUGGGUAUGAAGCUGUGAAGGAAGCUCUUGUUGAUCUAGGAGAGGAAUUUUCUGGAAGAGGCAGUUUUCCAGUAUCUGAAAGAGUUAACAAGGGCCUUGGAGUCAUUUUUAGCAAUGGGAUGCAAUGGAAGGAGAUCCGGCGUUUCUCCAUCAUGACCCUGAGGACUUUUGGGAUGGGCAAGAGGACCAUUGAGGACCGUAUUCAAGAGGAGGCUCAGUGCCUUGUGGAGGAACUGAGGAAGAGCAAAGGUGCCCCUUUUGAUCCCACCUUUAUCCUGGGCUGUGCUCCCUGCAAUGUGAUAUGCUCCAUUAUUUUCCAGAAUCGCUUUGAUUAUAAAGAUCCGACUUUUCUUAACUUGAUGCACAGAUUUAAUGAAAACUUCAGGCUUUUCAGCUCCCCAUGGCUACAGGUCUGCAAUACUUUCCCUGCCAUUAUUGAUUACUUCCCUGGAAGUCAUAACCAAGUACUUAAGAAUUUCUUCUAUAUAAAAAACUAUGUUUUGGAGAAAGUAAAAGAACACCAAGAGUCCUUGGACAAGGACAAUCCUCGGGACUUCAUUGAUUGUUUCUUGAACAAAAUGGAACAGGAAAAGCACAAUCCGCAGUCUGAGUUUACCCUUGAAAGCUUGGUGGCUACUGUAACUGACAUGUUUGGAGCUGGCACAGAAACAACAAGUACCACUCUGAGGUAUGGACUCCUGCUGCUGCUGAAACACGUGGAUGUCACAGCUAAAGUCCAGGAAGAGAUAGAACGUGUAAUUGGCAGAAACCGGAGCCCCUGCAUGAAAGACAGGAGCCAGAUGCCCUACACGGAUGCUGUAGUGCAUGAGAUCCAGAGAUAUAUUGACCUUGUCCCCACAAACCUGCCUCAUUUAGUGACACGUGAUAUAAAAUUCAGAAACUACUUCAUUCCCAAGGGUACCAAUGUGAUAGUAUCGCUGUCAUCCAUACUGCAUGAUGACAAAGAAUUUCCUAAUCCAGAGAAGUUUGACCCUGGUCACUUUCUAGAUGAGAGAGGUAACUUUAAGAAGAGUGACUACUUUAUGCCAUUCUCAGCAGGAAAGAGGAUAUGUGCAGGAGAAGCCCUGGCUCGCACGGAGCUGUUUUUGUUCUUCACCACCAUUUUACAGAAUUUUAACCUGAAGUCUCUGGUUGAUGUAAAAGACAUUGACACAACACCAGCUAUCAGUGGAUUUGGCCAUUUGCCCCCUUUUUACGAGGCUUGUUUUAUUCCUGUGCAAAGGGCAGACUCUCUAAGCUCUCAUCUGUAAUGUCUCUUCUGAGGGUCCUGUCUACUUCAUUCUUGGUACUAUAGUAGCUUUAACUCACAUAUCCCCAUUUCCUUCGGAUCCAGUGAACAUCAAACCUCAUUGAGUUGAGUUCCCUGAGUCAAUAUAUAGUUCUAUUCCUGUUCCCUAUAUCUUGUGACGUUCCCUAUAUCUUGUGACAUUCCCAUGCAGUACUUACAUAGUUAGUGCUAAUACUUGUAUGACUUCAUUACUGUUAAUACUGUUUUCACUAUAUAAAAGCAAAAUAUUUUAGAAUAUGAGAAUUCAGAGUCAUCUGUUCCCUUCAUGUGCUAAAUAAAUACUAAUUUUUGGACC